AGGACUGUGUUUUCUUCAGCUGUUGCAAAGAGAAAUAGGUGGAGGGCAGAUAGGCGAGAAGGGAGGCAGAGGAAGAAAGAGAGAGGGACAAUUUCUUGGUCAAAAGGGAACAUUUUUCUUUCAUAACAUCCUGUUAUAGGAAGUUCUGGGCUGCUCUGUUCCGAUAUCUGGAAUGCCUCGUUUGUAUCUACCAAUGCACUGAAAAGGAGCCCUCUCUAAAACAGCAGAUCUUUUCCCUCACUCAACAGCUGCAGAACCUGAAAUGUGCUAUAAUUUUUUUAAUUGAAAUAUAAGCUUCCGUCUUCACCAGCUAUGACAGAAGAAAUAACAUAUGCGGAUCUGGAAUUUAAUAAAUCUUAUGCACUGGAAAAUAUCCCAAAGUCUGACGCUCCUGAGGAAAAAGGGGUCCCCUCUUCAUCCUCCACAUGGCGUCUGGCUGCCUUGACUUUCCUCAUACUGUGCUUGGCAUUGCUGCUAGGGAUGUUAGCCCUGGGGAUUGUGUUUUUUCAGGUUUCCAAUGACUUCCAGAAACAAAUUGGGAACCUCAUGAGGAGCCAGGAAACUCUGCAAACAAAUUUUUCAAAAAGAAUGCAAGAUAUGAAAAAUCAUUUGUGUCUUAAAGGAGAGGAAAAUAAUGAGAAUAAUGGACCCAAUUGUACACUGUGCCCUGCAAACUGGCAAUGGAUGGGAGGUGACAUCUGUUUCUACGUAUCAAUGCAGAGGAGGUCAUGGGAAGAGAGCCAGAGUUUCUGUUCCUUACAGAAUUCCACCCUUCUCAUGCUAAAACACAGACAUAAGCUGAACCAUGUACUUCCAAGAGACAAUACACGAUAUUACUGGAUUGGUUUACGUAAAUCUGGAGAGAACAGCUGGUAUUGGAUGGAUGGCUCAGCCCUUUUGACACAGAAAGUAGAUUGGAUGUACUUGCAUUCAUCCUUUCAUUGUGGAUACCUAUAUGGAGAAGAAAUUUACAGUUCCUACUGCACAGAGAAGUACUUCUGUAUCUGUGAAAAAGCAGCUGUCAAACUAAGUGCAUGAGGUAGAGCGUAACAUGCGAGCUGAUAGUCCCCAGAUCCAUUCAGCUAGAUUUGCAGGAUUCUCACUGAAAGGCUCUCCUGUCUGAAAUGUACUGCCUCGCAGAUCCAGCUGAGGACUCCUCUGCACAGAUGUUGCACUAGUGUAUCUGGGGCAGAGUCGGCCAAUGUGGUGUCUUGCUGUUAAAAGUUGGGAUGGGUCUUAAAUGUAAAUUUUUGUUCAGUUGAAUUUUGUACUAUUUGUAUUGUACUCUUUUUAAAAUGUUGAAUGUUUUAUCUCCUGUGUUAUUUUUAUACUACUGCAUGUGGAUCAAUCAGUUUAAGGGCCUUUUCUGUAUUGUACAUGUGCUUUGAUCUUUGGUCAGGAGUCAUUUAAAAAUUUGAAUAAAAAUAAUAUCUUUUACUUCCAGGGCA